AUGAAAAUCAUACAGGUAACACUACUGCUCGGUGCCCUGUUCGCCGUCGCUCUGGGAGGCAGGUGCGUCCGGGACAAUACAAACGGUGAACCGGGAUGCAAGACGAAGGAAGAGAUCGACCAGGGCUACUGGCGCCACAACUUUGACCCGACGCGCUACUGGCAGUGUACCAAGCUGAACGAACCGGCCGUUCUGCAAAGCUGCCAACACCAGGCGUUCCACCCGUCGCAGCUCGAGUGCGUCGACUGGGACAACUGGGACUGGGAGCCCGUCUGUGCGCCCCUCAGCCGACCUUGA